AAUUUUACUAUUGAUUCAAAUAAAUCAUAUUUUUUUAUUGUUUGUAUAGACUAUUGAUAUCUAAAUUAGUUGUUGCGGUCACUCAUCGGUUGUUUGUUUGGUUACCCGUACUGACCAAAAACCAUGUGGUGGUUGCGAUGGCAUACCCGACGAUUUUUCCGAUCCAUAAUGAAUCCAUUGGAUCCCGAAAUGGCCGUCCGAUGGGAAAGAAAUUUACGAUAUUUUUAUGUAUUUUUAGGUUUUAAUGUCAUGUUAUUGAGUGUCAAUUACUUCAGAAAACGCAGACAAGAGUUACAAGAGGCCGGUCUUCUGGUCGAAGAUAUAACACCCGCACAUCGUAAGGCCCGACACAUGAAUAUGUCCAACAAUAUGACUAUUGUUAGGGUCGGACUCAAUGGCCGCCAAUCAGAAGUCUAUGAGUUUCAUCCCGAAGAGUAUCGCAAAGAGAUGGCCGACAAAGAGGCUGUCGCUAGGAUUGAGAUCGAAAAGUUGGAUCAAAAGAAAAAACAAUUAAAGAAAUCGUUGAACAAUACUGACCAACAAUUGGUCAGUUAGUGUCUGUGUGUGUCCACCGAUCGGCUGACUAUUUUAACGUAGUUUUCAUAUUUUUGACAAUCAAUUGAUUA